UACCUCUUAAAAGAAAUACCCCUUAAAUCAUAGCUAAAAGACUUGUAACUAAGUACUUAACAACCGUAUCUAAUUUUUAUUCACAACAAAUUUAAUACUCUUUGAUAUUUUGGGAUUAGCACUGUCACUUCUGUCUAAUAAAGUGGACAGGUAUUCCUAAGCCCACCGCGCAUUUUACAAGCUCCCAAAGAAAAAGAUGCAUACUACUGAAGUUGUUAAAGUUGUAUUUUGUUCAUCUAAGAGCGACAGUAAAUUCCAGCCCUGCCAGCUAUUUUAUGCAAUUAGGAUUACGAAACUUCUGUAUUCACAUCGUUUAACUGGCAAGAUUAGCUAAAAGUUUUCGAGCACGUUUGAACAAUUAAUUCCACCGUAAAUGGUGUUUCUGCUAUCGUUUAUAUUUAUUGAAUACUGAUACGCUACUAGCACAUACUUUUAAAACACUCAUUAUUUGCCUCAUUAACAAGAAAGAAACUGCAAUCAACCAUAUUUCAACAAGGUUAGCAAAACUUCAAAAAUCAAUAUUUAACAUGUAUCGCGAGACGAAUUUCUGUAUCGAGAGAAUUAUUUUUUGUGUUCUUAUGUUAAUAAGUUAUUAUUUUAAUAGAUUAGAGGCAGCAGACACAUGUAAUACUUCAAUAUUCCCAUCCACGUUUAAAUUUGGGGCAGGAACUUCCGCUUUCCAAAUAGAAGGUGGCUGGAAUGAAGAUGGAAAAAGCAGAUCAUCGUGGGAUUGGCUCUCCAAUACUUAUUCCAUAUAUUUAAAUAAUGCUACUGGAAACGUUGCCUCUGACUCUUACCAUCAAUACAAGCAAGAUGUUGCUUCCAUGGUGGCUAUGGGUCUGCAAAAUUAUAAAUUUUCUUUGUCAUGGUCCCGAAUAUUACCUAAAGGAUUAAACUACAGUAUAAAUCAAGCUGGUGUAAAGUAUUAUCAUAACUUACUUGACGAACUAGAAGCCGCGGGAAUAGAACCACUUGUAACCAUUUAUCACUGGGACACACCUUAUGCCCUAGAUUUGCUCGGAGGUUGGACAAAUCCUAAAAUGGUCGACUAUUUCGUUGCUUACGCAGAUAUUGCUUUUAGUCUUUUUGGAGACAGGGUAAAAUUAUGGGCAACAAUUAACGAACCAAAAUCAUUUUGUGAAGGAAUUCUCAGCGUACUAGUAAAUAUUUUUCCCGAGUUACCUAUUGGUACCUAUGAAUACCUAUGUGGCCAUUAUGCAAUUUUAGCUCAUGCAAAAGCUUACAGAUUAUAUAAAAAAAAGUACCAAGCCACGCAGCAAGGACGAGUAAGCCUAAUAUUAAAUUUAAGUUGUAAUAUGGGACUUACAAAUUCUACAGCUGAUCAAGAGGCUGCCGAGAGAAAAAAUUUAUUUGAAUUUGGUUGGUUUGCACAUCCAAUAGUCUAUGGCGACUAUCCAGAUAUAAUGCAAGUAGUAAUCGCAAAUAAUAGUGCAAGCCAAGGAUUCCUCAUAUCUCGACUACCUAAGUUUACAAGCUCAGAAAAACUUCUGAUAAAAGGGGCUUACGACUUCAUUAUGGUAAACACAUAUACAUCUUAUAUGGUCACUAUGGCCAAUUACAGUAAUUCUCCUUCAUACCAAAAUGAUUUGCAAACAAGUACAAGCCAGUCAAGUGAAUGGCUUAGUUCUGGGUUAUCAACUUUAAAGGUUCAUCCAGAAGGUACGAGAAAAGUGCUAAAGUGGAUAAGUGAUACGUAUUCAAGUCCUGAAAUAAUAAUCACGGAAAAUGGAUUUUCAGAUAACACGGCUAUUUUAAAUGACACCGAUCGAAUAAGGUUUAUAAAUGCUACUUUAACUAAUAUCCGUUUAUCAAUGUGCUCUGAUUCAGUUAACGUCACUGGAUAUUUCUAUUGGAGUUUAAUUGAUAGUAUGGAAUGGAAUAACGGAUACACUGUCAAAUUUGGAUUGGUACAAGUAGAUUUCGACAGCGAGAAUCGUACAAGAACAUUAAAGGAUUCAGCCUACUACUACAAAAAUUUAAUUCAAACACGUUUAAUUAUUGGUUAAAUUAAUAAACAAAGACUUAAAAGUUA